CUCAACCGUUGAAAUUUUAAUUAAUAUAUGCAUGAUGAAUUUACAUGGUACAUACAUUUCCUGACGUUCCGCAUUCAAAAAGCAUGGAAACAUGAACCUUCAGUUUUGAAAACGACACCCACCACCACCGAACAUUUCAGGUAGGCAUCUUGAAUCUCUACCAUUUGUAACAUCUAAAGGUUAAUUUUGAGAGUAGGUAUUUCAGAACUGUGCAACUUUAGUGCAUAGAGUUGACUGAAAUUGCUUUCCUUUCCGAUCACAUCUCUCAACAAACUUUCUGCAACUGAUUCCUUUCCUUUGCGAUAAAUAAUCACUUGCUUGCUGUUGAGAUCAUGGCAUUAGCUGUUGUAGGUGGUUCACUCCUUUCUGCUUUCAUUGAGGUUGUAUUUGACAAAUUAGCUUCCCCUGAGCUUGUAAACUUCAUCCGUUGGAAGAAGCCUGACAAGCUGCUUCAAAAGAUGAGGAGCCAGCUGCUAGUGGUUAAAGUUGUGCUUGAUGAUGCUGAGAAGAGGCAAAUCACAGACUCCAAUGUCAAAGAGUGGCUCGAUCUUCUCAAUGAUGUUGUUUACGAGGUUGAUGACUUACUUGAUGAAGUUUCUACGAAAGUUGCUACUCAGAAGAAGGUAACCAAUUCCUUAUCACAUCUUUUUAACAGAAAGAAAAUUGUUAGUAUUAGUAAGUUGGAAGACAUAGUAGGAAGAUUGGAUGACAUUUUGAAACAAAAGCAGAAUCUUGAUUUGAAAGAUAUUCCAGUGGAGAACAACCAGCCAUGGAAACCUCAGCCAACAUCUUUGGAAGAUAGAUAUGAUAUAUACGGUAGGUAUGAAGACAAGGAAACCAUUAUGAAGUUGGUGUUAGAAGAUAGCAGUGAUGGUGAAGAAGUGUCUGUGAUCCCUAUAGUUGGCAUGGGUGGGAUUGGAAAAACCACUUUGGCCCGAUCUGUGUACAACGAUGGCAAAUUGAAGCAGAUAUUUGAUUUAAAGGCAUGGGUUUGUGUUUCUGAUAUAUUUGAUAUUGUGAAGGUCACAAAAACUAUGAUAGAGGAAAUUAUUCAAAAGCCUUGUAAAUUGAAUGAUCUAAACACAAUUCAACUUGACUUGUUGGACAAACUGAGGGGUAAAAGAUUCUUGAUUGUCUUGGAUGAUGUUUGGAUGGAGGAUUGUGAUAGUUGGAGUAGUCUUACGAAGCCAUUCCUAAGUGGGAUUAGGGGAAGCAAAGUUCUCAUGACAACCCGCAAUGAAAAUGUAGCGGCUGUAGUCCCUUUUCAUAGUGUUAAAGUGUAUCAUCUGAACAAAUUGUCAAAUGAAGAUUGUUGGUUGGUGUUUGCAAACCAUGCAUUUCCUCUCUCAAGAAGCAGUGGGAACAGAGGAACUCUAGAAAAGAUUGGAAAAGAGAUUGUUAAAAAGUGUAAUGGGUUGCCUUUAGCAGCACAGUCACUUGGAGGAAUGUUGAGAAGAAAACACGCUAUUAGGGAUUGGAAUAAUGUACUUGAAAGUGACAUUUGGGAACUUCCUGAAAGUCAGUGUAAAAUUAUUCCAGCACUUAGAAUUAGCUAUAAUUAUCUUCCUCCACAUUUAAAACGGUGUUUUGUUUAUUGUUCAUUGUAUCCCAAAGAUUACAAAAUUCAAAAACAUGAACUGAUCCUGUUGUGGAUGGCUGAAGAUCUUGUAAAAGCACCAAAAAAAGGAAAGACAUUAGAACAAGUUGGCAAGGAGUAUUUUGACGAAUUGGUUUCAAGAUCGUUUUUCCAAAGUUCAAGUCAUCCGACUUCAGGUAAUUGUUUUCUGAUGCACGACCUCAUGCACGAUCUAGCAACUUUCCUUGGCGGGGAAUUCUAUUUCAGAGCAGAUGAACUUAGAAAAGGAACCAAGAUUAACAGAAAGACUCGUCAUUUGUCUUUUACAAGAUUCAGUGAUCCAGUCUCGGAUAUUGAAAUUUUUGAAACAGUUAAAUUUUCAAGAACUUUCUUGCCGAUCGAUUAUAAAGAUUUUCCAUUCAACAAUGAAAAGGCACCACGUGUUAUAGGGUCGAUGCUCAAGUACUUGAGAGUUUUAUCAUUUCGUGACUUCCAAAGUGUGCUUGCUCUGCCUGAUUCAAUAGGUGAAUUGAUCCAUUUGCGUUACUUAAAUCUCUCUUAUACAGGUAUAGCAACACUGCCGGAGUCAUUGUGUAAUCUAUACAAUCUACAGACUUUGAAGUUGUAUUGUUGCUCUGAGCUGACUAAGUUGCCUGGUGCCAUGCAAAAUCUUGUAAACUUGCGUCAUCUUGAAAUUCUUAAUACUUCCAUAAAGGAGAUGCCUAAAGGAAUGGGGAAACUAAAUCAAAUGCAGAAUUUGGAUUUCUAUAUAGCCGGUAAGCAUAUAGAGAAUAGCAUCAAUCAACUGAGAGGACUUCCAAAUCUCCAUGGUUCCUUUUGUAUUCAGAAACUAGAGAAUGUUACUCAAGCUGAAGAAGCAUUAGAGGCCAGGUUAAUGGAUAAGAAGCACAUAAACGACUUAUCCUUGGAAUGGUCUGUAUGUAACAACAAUAGCACCAACUUCCAAAUUGAAUUAGAUGUACUCAGCAACUUACAACCUCACCAAGACCUGAAAUCACUUUCAAUAAGCGGUUAUAAAGGAACAAGAUUUCCAGAAUGGAUGGAGAAUUGUUCAUACUAUUACACGACAAUUCUAAGUUUACAUAAUUGUAACAACUGUUCCAAGCUUCCUUCACUUGGGCAACUACUGUCUCUCAGGCGCUUACAUAUUUCAAACAUGAUUUCGGUGAAAACUAUUGAUGCAGGCUUUUAUAAGAAGAAUGAUUGUUCAUCUGUGACGCCCUUUCCAUCCCUUGAAUCUCUAUACAUUUAUAAUAUGCCUUGUUGGGAGACGUGGGUUGCCUUUGAUUCAGAAGCUUUUCUUGUGCUCAAGGAUCUGUACAUACAAAACUGCCCCAAACUAAAGGGAGAUUUGCCUGAUCACCUUCCUGCUUUGCAAACACUCGCGAUUAGAAAUUGCGAGCUUCUUGUCUCUUCUGUUCCAGGGACUCCCACCCUCCGAACAUUAGAGAUAAGUGAAAGCAACAAAUUAGCAUUUCAUUCUUUUCCUCUUUUGGUAGAACGUAUAGAGAUAGAAGGAAGCCCAGUGGUAGAGUCCAUGAUGGAGGCCAUCACUAACAUUCAACCUACUUGCCUCCAUUAUUUGUCAAUUAAGGAUUGUUCGUCAGACAUAUCUUUUCCAGGUGAUCAUCUUCCUAUAUCACUGAAAACUCUGAUUAUCAGUGGAUUAAACAAACUCAAAUUCCCAAUGCAACACAAACAUGAAUUACUGGAAUCACUAUCAGUAAAUAGUAGUUGUGAUUCACUAACGUCUCUCCCACUAGUUAGCUUUCCAAAUCUCAUACGUCUGCAAAUCAUAAACUGUGAAAAUAUGGAAUCACUUUCGGUCUUAGGGUCAGAUUCAUUUAAGAGUUUGAGUUCUUUUGAGAUUGGCCGUUGCCCCAACUUUGUGUCAUUCUCGGGAGAAGGAUUGUCUGCACCAAAUUUGACUCGUUUCAUUGUUUAUGACUGUGAUAAGCUGAAGUCGUUGCCCGAUCAGAUGUGUACUCUUCUCCCAAAGAUGGAAUAUCUUAGCAUAUCAAACUGCCAACAACUUGAGUCAUUUCCUGAAGGGGGUAUGCCACCUAACUUGAGAAUAGUAGAGAUCAACAAUUGUGAGAAACUACUNAGCGGCCAACCAUGGGUAUCCAAGGACAUCUUUACCUAUCUCAAAGUNUGGGGUCCAUGUGAUGGCAUCAACUCCUUCCCAAAGGAGGGUUUGUUGCCUCCCUCCCUCACGUCUUUGCAGCUAUUUGGUUUUUCAAGUCUGGAGACGUUGGAGUGCAAGGGCCUUCUCCAUCUCACAUCGCUACGAGAAUUCCACAUUCAAAGUUGUAAAAAGUUGGCAAAUAUCGUGGGAGAAAGGCUGCCCAUCUCUCUAAUAAAAUUAAGCAUUAACAGAUGUCCCUUGCUGCAGAAACGAUGCCACAUAAAGGAUCGUCAAAUUUGGCCUAAAAUCAGCCAUGUCCGUGGGAUAAACAUUGACGGUAGAUGGAUUCAGUGAGGAAGGAUGGUCAGGAGAUGGAGAUGACAGAGUGGCUGAGAUAAGGGAUGAAGAGGGAGGGAGCAAUGAAAAAUCGAAGAGAAUAACACUGAUCCAUGACAGUGUCAUGAGUAUUGCAUUCGAAACACCUGAGCAUAUCUUACCUUAGUGUGGAAUAUGAUAUCUUUAUCAUUCUCUUCAAUUUUCUCAUGUUUUGGUCCAAAUCCUUUAAAAUGUAAAAGGAGAAUCAUAUCCAACCAUCACUAAAAUAUAAUUUUUAAUUUAAUCCAAUUUAAUAAUAGAGAAUGUGUAGUUAACAAUAAUACAAUUUAUA